AUGAAGGAUCGAGACGAUGUUGGUCCUAUGGCUGGCGGUGCAACAGUUGCUGCGACGCCCUCGCAAGCUCAAGGUGCACUGACUUACCUUUUUACGUUGUAUGAUAUCGUGUUGUAUCAAUUGAUCGGAGAGAAGCUUAAUGAACUAUACAGUGGAGAUUCCUACACCCAGACCGAGUUCGCUGUCAAUGGCACACAGCCAUCUACGAUGAACCCGAUGGGAAACCCGACACUAGGGACCGGUACAACGAGUGGUGGUACCAAUUGGGUCGGAUACCUAACUACUCUAUACAAUACUUCGCCGGUAUUGAGCUACAACUUCGCCGUUGGGGGAGCAACAAUCCACAACUCUAUUGUCGAUACUAAGGUUAAGGAUGUGACAUCGCAAGUCCGGGACUUCGAGUUGGCAUAUGGCGAGAAGCCUAUAUAUGCGCCGUGGUCUUCAGAUAAUGCGGUGUUUGGAUUCUGGAUUGGGAUCAAUGACAUCGGCUGGGGCCAUCAAAACACCCAACCUAGUAUACUUGUGCCGACAUUAAUGGCACAGUACAAACGUCUCAUUGAAAAGAUAUAUGCAUCUGGCGGACGGAAGUUCCUUUUCCUGAAUGUCCCGCCUACAGAUCGGAGUCCUAUGAUCAUCAAAGAGGGGCCGGAAGCCGUUAAAACGUAUGCUACGUGGGUGAAGGCUUACAAUAACGGCCUUCAAUCAAUGAUCAAUGAAUUCAAGUCGAGUCAUACUGGCACUACUAUCGUUCUUUACGAUACUUGGUCCUUUAUGCCGAAGAUCCUAGACGAUCCUCAGGCAUAUGGAUUUCCGAAUGCCACUUGUUUGAAUGAAAAUGGCACGUCCUGUAUUUGGUGGAAUCAUUACCACCCUGGACAGAACUACCAUAAACUCCAGGCAGCGGAUAUGAUCCAUUACUUGAAGCCUCUCGGUGCUUGGUAG